AUGUCGCAACCUUCAAAACACAUUACUGUGGGCAUAAUGUCUCCACCGCUCAAGAAGCCUGCUGCAAUUGCCGCAGACGUAAUCGUUUCAUUGACGCCGGAGGAUAAAAAUGAAAGUGCUGCGAAGACAGAACCCGGAUUAAAUGCCGAAAAGAAGGCAUCCGGCUCAAAUAAGGCCCGGCGGUCUCGUCGCGGACGUGCUAGAGGGAAUCGAGGACAUGGAGGGGGUAACAAGAUAAAGCUCCCAGUUAGCAGCGAGGCGCGCCCUCCCGUGGUUGCAAAUCGGCCUUGUGCCAGCGCAAGCGCUGCCGAUCCCUCCCCUCACGCCGAGGCCUCAGCUCCACCGGGCGACAAGGGUGUGAAUCGGCGUGCUCCCUUCCCAAGUGCCAACUCAUGCGCUGGACGUCCAGAAAACGUCGACUUUACUCCUGCCAGCCCCCUGCUCCCCACAGCCCAACCAGUGGCUGCAAACGAGUCCAGCGAGGGCUGGUUGAUAGAGUUCAGCGACUCUGAGUAA